ACUUCAUCUAACAUCUAACCGAAUGAAAACAAUAAUUGAAUUUUCUUGUGAAAAAAAGACUGAAAAUGGCUGAAAACUCUGAAAAUACAACAAAUUCAGUGGAAAAGGAAAGUAAACAAUGUUCAAUAAAAAAUGGUAAUAAACAGUGGGUGAAACUGAAUGUGGGUGGAACGUAUUUUUUAACCACCAAAACUACCCUAGCUAAAGACCCCAAUUCCUUUUUAUACAGGCUAGUACAGGAAAGCAGUGAUUUGGAUACAGACAAAGAUGAAAGUGGUGCCUAUCUCAUCGACAGAGACCCAAACUAUUUCUCCCCAAUUCUAAACUAUUUGAGACACGGUAAACUAGUAAUAAAUAAAGGCUUAGCCGAGGAGGGAGUAUUAGAAGAGGCUGAAUUUUAUAAUAUAACAGAAUUAAUAACUUUAGUAAAAGAGCGAAUAGGGCAAAGGGACAAUGUCUGCGGAAAAAACGGCAAAAAACACGUCUAUAGAGUGCUACAGUGUCACGAAGACGAGCUAACGCAAAUGGUAUCAACAAUGUCGGACGGCUGGCGAUUUGAACAAUUAGUCAACAUAGGUUCGCAGUAUAAUUACGGGCAAGAUGAACACGCAGAAUUUUUGUGUGUUGUUAGUAGGGAAUAUGGUAUUCCGGAAGGGACCGAAGUUAGAGGGGAACGAGAGGAUAGGGCCAAAGUUUUACAACAGAAAGGGUCAAGAAUGUAGAUUGUGAUAACUAGAUAUUUGUGACUGUUUUUUUUUUUUUUUAAGGGCCAAAUUAUGGACUGACUGGUAAACGUCUGGUUGUUACCCAGCAGGUACUUUCUAUGCACUAGAGAAUAAAAAAUACCUGCUAGGUAACAACCAGACACUUAUCAGUUGGCCCAUAAUUUGGCCCUAAGGGGGAAUGCAGAUGAUAUUUUUUUUUGGUGUUGAGAUUUUUGAUAUUAAAAACUUGCCAAUUAGUUUUUGUCUGUGCAAUUUAUACCUCUUGUGUUUGUAAAAUCAGCACAAUAAAAUGUGUCUUCUGAUAAUUUUUUGGCUUCUAAAAAUAUAAGGUCUAUUUCUGCAGAAAUCGCAAACCAAUCAGAGCGAAUUUUAUUGGUUGAAAACAGUCAUGAAACUAGUUUCAACCAAUGAAAUUCACUCUGACUGGUUUGUGGUCUUUUCAGAAACAGACCUAUUAGGUUUUUGUUUUUGGUCUAGAAACUAUUUUUUCAAAAUUUUCUUGAAUAAAUAUUUAGGUCAAUUUACACUGUUAAUAUUUAGAGACAUUUUUGUUGUUUUUGGGAUGAAUAGAAGACUAUGCUCAUUUACAGGAUUAAGCUUUUCUACCUAUACAGCAAGAUUGAUGUAAAUGGAAAAGGUCUUAUAAUUUAAAAGCAGCUUCCAACGUGGUUUUAGAAUUAAAUUUGAAAAAUUAUUAGACCUUAUCCAUGCAAUGUUCUAUUUAAGAAAUAACUGUUGACCCAAUAUGUACUACUUUUGUGUGUUCUUUUUCCAGGAAUUCAAGCCAGGUACAAAAUAAACGGGCCACCUGUAACAUUUAUAGGACAUCAUUAUUACAGUAACUCCUUCUCUCCAGUGUCUUAAUUUUUCAAUGUUUUUCUCCUUACCAAUGAACAGUAUUGAAGAAAUCAAAAGUUUUUAUCCAAAACACAACACUAGCAUUAUACAAAUAAAAAACUUGAAUGUUUCACAGAUGGCCCGUUUACCUGAUCUAGUGGAAGGUUGAUGUUUUAAUGUCUAUAUUUCAUCAAAAAGAAAAAUUACAAACCAAUCAAACAUAUUCUGAAUGUGAAAAAUCAAUAUUUUUCUUGUCAAGUACAAACCCAUUUUAGAUGUGUUUUUAUUAUUAUUUUUUUUUAUAUUAUACUUACACUCGCGUUAUUAACGAAUAAGUACGAUUCUGUUUUGUAACUUGUAUAAAUUUUGUUUUUUAAUUUUUAAAUAAAUUUAUAUUCGUGCUCUUA